AUGCAGCGCGUAAAGACGACGGAAACGAGGAGCACGAAGCUCAAGGAGUACGCCAAACGGAUGGAAAGGCUCACGAAGGUGCUGCAGCUUUCGAAGGCUUUUAGCAGCGGAAUCCGCAUCGGAAAAUCCAUUUACGAUGAAAUCAAGAUCGACGAUAAAAUCGAGGCUUACCUGCGGAUCAUUUCCGCUCUAGAGGAGGACGCCAGCGAGGGGGAACUUUCCGAGGAGGCCAAGGAGGGUCUCAAAUUCACCCGGCUAUUACUCGCCGACGCCGAGGACUGCAAGCGGAACCCGGGCAAGAAGACAAUUUUGUGUAGCCUGUGCGUCGCCGGAGAAUGGGCGGGAGGGGCUGCGUUGGCAAUGCCUGGCGUCCAAGCCGGCGUGUUGGCAGGAGCGGCGGCUGGUCCGAUCGGGUGUGUCGCUGGCGGGGCGGUCGGUGGCAUAGCCGGAGGGUUGGCUGGCUCGGCGCUCGGCUCGUCCGCUAUUCAAAAUUUUCGGGCGGACAAGGAUGGGAUAGCCACGGAAGCGCAGAUGACGCUCGUGAAUAUGAAGGAUGGUGCCGUGCUGCCGGUGGAUGGGAACGUAUACAUCGGCAAGGGAAUUGAGGUCGGCGCCCGGGCCGGCGUGUUGCAUAUAAAAAACGAGCGACACCAUCUGGACUGCGUGAAGGUGGGCGCAAACUUCGGCAUCACCAGCAAGGGCGUGGACGUGGGCGCCGAGGCUAAGGUCGUCUGGAGAGAAAAGGAAAAUGCUGUGCAGCGGGUUGGCUACGGCUUCAACCUCGACACCGGUGUCCAGGUCGACGGGCAGACUCGCACCUUUAAAGUGCUUGGUUUUGGGAUCGAGAAGAGCGCCGAGGGCAUCGGCCUCUGCACGCCGAGCGGCAUAAAUUCGUACAGCUGCGUCUGCUCGACCGGAUGGACCGGCGAGAACUGUGAUAUGGAUAUGAACGACCCGUGCGCCUCGAACCCGUGUCAGCAGGGCGCCGCUUGCAGUUCGGAUAAUGGCACCUAUAUCUGUCAAUGCCCGAAUGGAUACGCGGGCGAGCGCUGCCAAUACAAAACCAUCUGCCAGCCGAACACGUGCGCAAAUGGCGGGACUUGCUCGAACAUUUUUAACGGGGAAGACUACUACUGUACCUGCACGCCGUUAUACCAAGGGAGAGCGUGUAUGCAGUUGCAGGCGAAUUUCACGUCCCAGGACAAGGGCUGCUACCGACUGAACGGGAAUGUGAACGACUGCGACAAUUCGGACAUGGGCGAUCAGCCGACGGUCUCGAAGUGCGAGCAAAAAUUCAAGGAUGGCAUCAAUUCCGGGCAAAAUUAUACCUAUUACGCGGUUCUCGGGAAGCAGUGCUCACUGUGUGAGGAGAAGCCGACGAAUCAAGGCGCUUCUUGGGGAUGCAAUGAUAAAUGCCAGAAAUCGGCCUCUGGCCAGUCCCAAUUGAAUGGAUAUCAGGAUUCCGACCAAAUUUGCGGGAGCACCUCAAACGGCAACGGUCACUAUUGGCAGGUCACCCCCUACUACGAACCGCAACAGUGCGCGUCCAUGGAUUGCUCUCCAGGCGUUUGCGUUGACUUUGUCGGGAAAGGCGAAUGUGUCUGCCCGAGGGAUCGAAAGCCGAGUACCGGGAAAGCGGAUUGUAAUGGAGUGAAAACGCCUUGCGACGGGAAUCCGUGCGGGACCCUUGGAAAUUGCACCUACAAUCUGGCGGAUUUCUCCUUCGCCUGUACCUGUAAUGACGACACGAUGUAUGGGCAGUACUGUAAUCAGACUCACAAGUGCACCCCAACAAAUCCAUGCCAGAAUGGGGGUACCUGCGUGGAGGACCCGACGAAUGGAAAUGGGUACAAGUGCGAGUGCUUACAAUACUAUACCGAUGAUCAGUGCCAGACUCCGAACUACUGCCUCAGCAACCCGUGCCAACACAACGGCACCUGCGAGAUUGUGAAGCGGGGCUUGAACUCUACGUACAAAUGUCAUUGCCAGGAUGGGUGGAAGGGGUCGGCAUGCCAGACCGACAUCAAUGAAUGCGCUUGUAAUCCAUGUCAGAAUCAGGGGACGUGUAGUCAGAUCACCCCUCCAGCCGCCCCGUUCUUCACGUGUAGCUGUGUUGAUGGAACUUCUGGAGAUAUCUGCCAAGAUAAUCCUGACGACUGCACGAUCACCAUGAAGGACGGCGUCAAGUAUAGCCCGUGUAAUAAAACGGGCGAUACAAAAGCGCAAUGCAUAGAUGGUUUCAACUCUUUUCACUGCCAAUGCACACCGGAAUACACCGGAGAGUUUUGUGAUAUUAGUAUGCUCGUCUGGCAAGUGAUGAUGGACAUUUUUGGAUCUGUCGACGGAGACAUGCUAGAGCUUCUCAACGCCUUGGUGUCAAACCCGUCGAUGAUCAAGGACAUGGUGCCGUUCAUCUUGGGACUCGAAUCCAUGGACAAUCGAACAAGUCUCAGCUGGACUGCCGCCGAGAUGUUCGAUUGGGCCGCCUAUGAAGAGCUCGAGCUCAAUUUAGCGCGAGACUUCUUCUCAUGGAACGAUGUCGUGCUGGGGAAUUGCUUCACCUUCAACCAUCGGUUAAACCCGACGCCGUACAAGAAGCGGAUCACCGGGUUAACGGGCGGCCUGAAAGUGAAACUGCGCGUGAAUAGCCAGGAAUACCUGCCCUGGAUCGAUACGGAAGCGAUUACGGUCUUCGUUCACCCUCCAGAAGAAUACAUUUCUUCCGAGUCUGUACGUUACAACGCCCCGCCAGCGAUUCAAAGCUCCGUAGUGCCGUUAUUGACCCAAUACAAGCGUCUGGGUGGUCGGUACGGUGAGUGCGUCACGGAUCCGGCGCAAGUCAAGUCGUUCUACUACUACGGCGGCUAUACUACUGACGGUUGCAUUCGUUCCUGCUAUCAGGAUCGGGUUUUCGAGAGUUGUGGAUGCUUCGAUCCACGAUUUCCGAUGCCCAGCGAGGCGAUAUCGUGCGAUUUGAAGAAACGAACAUGCGUAGAAGCCAUCUCCGCGCUCGGCGAUCCAUCGCUAUGGCCAGAUUGCCAUUGUCCACUUCCGUGCUCGAAUCAGCUAUUUACUGUGGCGAUCAGUCGAUCGAAUUAUGUGACCGAGGCCCCAGCUUGCCUGACCGAAACGCUGCUUAAACCGAACUGCAGCUUUUGGGCCAAGGAUACCGCGCUGGUCGAAAUCACCGACAACGGCCAAGCAUCCCAGAUUUACCAGGAGACCCCAAAACUGGGAUUGAACCAGUUCAUCGGUAACCUGGGCGGGCUGCUCGGCGUGCUGAUGGGCAUCUCUUGCAUCACGUUCAUCGAAUUCGGAUUCUUGUUCUUCCUGGUUGGGCAAAUUAUGUGCGGCAAGGAGAAGCCGAAGCCCCCUCCGCCACCUCAUCAGAACAUGGAA